AUGAUUAUUCCUAAGGCUGACAGAAGACAAAUUUUCAUGGCAUUAUUCAAGGAUGGUGUCUUAACUGCAAAGAAAGACUACGAGAUCCAACAUGAUGAAAUCCCAACCAAGAAUUUAUAUGUCAUCAAGGCUAUGCAAUCCUUAACUUCUAAGGGUUUCGUUAAGACUCAAUUCUCAUGGCAAUACUACUACUACACCUUAACCGAUGAAGGUCUUGAAUUCUUGAGAGAAUUCUUAGGUGUCCCAGAAGGUAUUGUUCCACAAACUUUAAUGGAACAACCAAUUCCACAAAGAGAACAACCAAGAAGAGAAGGUGGUAGAAGAUUCGGUGGUAACAACGAAUACAGAAAGAGAAACAGAGACUAA